AUGUCAGUGAAAAAGAUUUGCUGCAUUGGUGCCGGGUAUGUGGGUGGUCCUACAUGUAGUAUUAUCGCAUUGAAAUGUCCGGAAAUUACAGUAACGGUAAUCGAUAAAAAUGAAGAAAGAAUAAAACAGUGGAACUCGGACAAACUUCCCAUAUACGAACCAGGUUUAGAUGAAAUUGUUAAAAAUUGCAGAAAUAAAAAUUUAUUUUUUUCUACUGAUGUAUAUGCAGCAAUUAAAGAAGCGGAUUUGAUUUUUAUAUCAGUGAAUACUCCUACUAAAACAUAUGGUAUUGGAAAAGGUAGAGCUGCUGAUCUCAAAUUUGUAGAAAGUUGUGCUAGAAUGAUUGCUGAUAUUGCUGAGGAAAAUAAAAUUGUUGUUGAAAAAAGCACAGUUCCCGUAAGAGCAGCUGAAAGUAUUAUGACAGUAUUAAAAGCCAAUCAGAGGCAAGGAGUCAGUUAUCAGGUUCUUUCGAAUCCAGAAUUUUUAGCCGAAGGAACUGCUGUGAAAGAUUUAUUGAAUCCUGACAGGGUAUUAAUAGGUGGUGAAAACACACCAGAAGGAAUUAUUGCAAUCGAAGCACUUUGUGCAAUUUACGAGCAUUGGAUACCCAGAAAAAACAUAAUUACGACCAACACUUGGUCAUCGGAAUUAUCAAAACUUGCUGCCAAUGCAUUUUUAGCUCAAAGAAUAUCAAGUAUUAAUUCAUUAUCAGCAGUGUGUGAGGUGACAGGUGGAGAUGUAUCUGAAGUUGCUGCUGCCAUAGGUAUGGAUUCAAGAAUCGGUUCAAAAUUUUUACAGGCUUCAAUAGGUUUCGGUGGGAGUUGUUUUCAAAAAGAUUUAUUAAAUUUAGUUUACAUGUGCGAGUGCCUUAAUUUACCUCACGUCGCAAAUUAUUGGCAACAAGUAUUGGACAUAAAUCAAUAUCAAAAAACAAGAUUUACAGAAAAAAUAAUAGAAUCUCUUUUUUGCACUGUGACUGGGAAAAAAAUUGCUAUUUUGGGUUUUGCAUUUAAAAAAGAUACGGGUGACACGAGAGAAUCUGCCGCCAUAUUUGUUUGCAGAACUCUUUUAGCAGAAGGCGCGAGACUUAACAUAUACGAUCCAAAAGUUGAAAGUAAACAAAUAAUGGAGGAUUUAAAAAUUUCGUUGACGACGCAGGAAACGAAAAACGAAGAGAAAAGCAUUAUGAUAUUUGACGAUCCGUAUGAGGCGACUGCAAAAACUCACGCCAUUGUUUUAUGCACAGAAUGGGACGAAUUUAUUUAUUUAGAUUAUGAAAAAAUAUUUAACGAAAUGAUGAAACCCGCUCAUAUAUUUGACGGACGUAAAAUUUUACAACAUGAUAAAUUAAUUGAAAUCGGUUUCAACGUUCAAACUAUAGGUAAAAGUUUAAAUUCAAAUCAUUUAUUAAAUAAUUGGUGA